CCGUUCAUCUCGAAACUGCCGCCCUUCCGCUUCACCUACCGCGGAAAACGAAUGAAUCAUUUUCGAUCUAAACCCGGCUUUAUUUUCUCUACAAAAUGUUGCCAUAUGGUCGUACUUGCACUCACAGCUUCUUCUCCGCCGAUAUCAGACUAUAGUCUUUUGACAGCGACGCAACCGUCUAAUUUGCAAUUCUGUAUAAUUGGUGGCAGCUUUUCGAAGAUUCUUUCAAUGGAAAUUAGGUCUGAUCUCGAGUUACGAGCGGUCUGUUGAAUCUCGACAACAUGAACUACAAGGGCUUGCUGAAUCUCAAAGGCGCGGAGAUAUGCGGAGAUCUAGAAGAGCGGAAUCCUCCGAUUUCGCUUCCCAACCAGUCUUCAGAUUGCGCCCUUCUCGCUGUCGACAUAGGAGGAACUUUGAUCAAACUGGUUUAUUUCGAGGACAACGCGGAGGUUAAGAACCACGGAAUGGCACUUGGGGGACAUCUUAAAUUCAUGAAGUUCCAAACAAGUCGGCUGGAUGAGUGCCUGGAAUUUAUUCGCUCAAAGAGGCUGCUCUACGGUAGAGGAUUUGCAGCAGGUUCAACAAUCAUGAAUGUGGAUAUGAAGGCUACAGGCGGCGGUUCCUUCAAGUUUGCUGACAUCUUCAAAGAGAAGUUGGGUGUUUCUCUUGAUAAAUUGGAUGAAAUGGAUACUGUUGUAACUGGAGCUAAUUUCUUGUUGAAGAAAAUCCCAUAUGAAUCCUUUACAUUCAUGCAUGGGAAACGGACUCCUGUAGACGUUGACCAAAAGAACUUAUUUCCAUACCUUCUUGUCAAUAUAGGCUCUGGAGUUAGUAUGAUAAAGGUGAUGGGAAACAGGAAGUUUGAACGGGUUACUGGCACACACAUUGGCGGUGGAACUAUGUUUGGGCUAGCAAAACUUUUAACAGGUUGUACAAGGUAUGAUGAGUUUUUAAAGUUGAGCCAGCAGGGGGACAAUCUUGUGCUUGACUUGAUUGUUAAAGAUAUUUGUGGAGAACUUGUUUGUCAAAAGCAAGGUCUAUCAGCUUCAACGCUUGCUUCCAGCUUUGGAAAGGUUCUAAGCUCAAGAAGAAAGCUUUCUGACUACAAAGCUGAGGAUCUUGCCACAACGCUAUUGAGCGCAUUUACUUACAAUAUUGCACAGGUAUCUUUUCUUGUAGCAUCACUUCUAAGGCUUAAUAGGGUUUAUUUUGGAGGAUCUUACAUACGGGGACAUGCUAGCACAAUGGACAAUAUUUCAUAUGCUAUUGAUUUUUGGUCAAAAGGUCAAAUGCAUGCCAUUUUUUUGCGCCACGAGGGGUUUUUGGGGGCUCUGGGUGCAUUACUGAAUUAUGAGAAUCUCAAAAGUGAUGAUUUGAUACUUGAAGAUUCAAAGGAAAGUCAAUUCCAUGAUGAUUCUUUUAAAGCUGAUGAUGAUAAAUUAACAACUGAACUUAGUGAAGAUAGCUUAUUUCCAUAUCUACUUGUCAAUAUUGGUUCUGGUGUUAGUAUGAUCGAGGUGAUUGGAAAAGGGAAGUUUGAGCGUAUCAUUGGAACCCAUCUUGGUGGUGGCACUAUACUUGGUUUAGCCAGGCUCUUGACUGGAUGUUUGAGUUAUGAUGAUUUUUUAGAGUUGAGCCAAAGAGGAGAUAAUUUAUCUGUCGACCUGACUGUUGGUGAUAUCUAUGGUGAACAUGGUUAUCCUAAGAUAGGUCUUCCAGCGACAACAACGGCAUCUAGUUUUGGGAAAGUUACUUCUAAUAAGCUUUCUGAUUACAAAGCCGAGGACUUUGCUGCUGCUCUAUUGAAUGCUUUUACAUAUAAUAUUGGACAAAUAUCCUACUUCGUUGCAAAACUAUCUGGGCUGAAAAAGAUCUUCUUUCGAGGAACUUACAUUUGCGGCCAUGCCAAGACUAUGGAUAAGAUUUCUCGUGCGUUAAAAUAUUGGUCUAAAGGUGAAGUGCAGAUAACAUUCUUAUGCCAUGAAGGAUUCAUGGGUACAUUUGGUGCAUUCUGGAGCUAUGAAAAUAUGGGAAUUCAUGACUUGGCAGCCAAUGAUUUCAUAAAAGAAGUGUUGCUAUCUGCCCCAUACAUGCUAGGGAAAGCUCAGGUCUCCCCCACAAUGAAUUUAAAUAUGAAAAGUAAAUCAAGUCUUAGUGAAGAGGUGAAGAGACUGAAGCAAGAAAAUAUUGAGCUCGCAGCAGAACUCGAAAGACUGAAGCAAGAAAAUAUUGAUCUCAAGUCUACACUGUCGAAGUUGCAGAAUAGCAGUGAAGCGCUCCAGGAACACGAAGAUAUGUAUACUUUUACUGCAGAUAAAGGACAAUAGUUCCAGAAAAUUUUGUUGAGUAAGUUUUUUGUUGAUCUUUUUAAUGUUAGCACAAUAAAAUAAUGCCUUCGUGGUUCUUACAACAUUCUGUGAAGUUAUACAAAGCUUUCAAAUGUUUACCGAUAGAAUUACAUGAGGCAAUUGCAGAAAUUCUAUUUA